GUAAACAAAGUCCAUCCAAUCAUCUUCUCUUGGUGUGCAUCCAUUUUCAUAAACCCCACCCCAUCAUCAUAUCAUAUAUAAUACCAAACAUAUCAGCUACCUCUCUAUCAAUCUCUACUUUUUCCCAUUUCUCUCCUCUCUCUCUCUCUCUCUCUCUCUCUCUCUAGUUUCAUUGGGUUUGGAAUUGUGGUGGUGUCGGCUGUUAACAGUUUGAGAUAAUUUAGUUAAGGAGGCAGCAAUUGGUGCUAAUUGUCUCUUCAGAAAUGGGCAGAAAGUGCUCACAUUGUGGAAACAUGGGCCAUAAUUCAAGGACCUGUACAAAUUUCAGAGGCAGUUCCACUGCUGGUUUUGUUGGUACUACUCCUCAUGGAUUCAGGCUCUUCGGUGUUCAAGUUCAUCAUCAUGAUCAUAUGUCAUCUUCAGUAUCUUCUUUUAAUGCCAUGGACAUGAUGAUGAAGAAAAGCUUUAGCAUGGAUUGCUUGCCCACAUCUUCAGCCUCAUCAUCAUCCCCAUCUUCUUCAAGGAUAUCCAUUGAUAAUGAAAAUUCUGAUCAUCACAAAGCCUCCAUCGGUUAUGUCUCUGAUGGCCUCAUAUGUCGUGCCCAAGACAGGAAAAAGGGAGUUCCGUGGACAGAAGAGGAGCACAGAACAUUUCUGAUGGGGCUUGAGAAGUUAGGGAAGGGGGACUGGAGAGGAAUCUCUAGGAACUAUGUGACCACAAGAACACCAACUCAAGUUGCUAGUCAUGCUCAGAAGUAUUUUCUCAGGCAAGCAACCCUCACCAAGAAGAAGCGUCGUUCAAGCCUCUUCGAUAUGUUUGGGAGCAAUAGCCGUAAUCCACAAUCCCAGCCAAGUAGUAUCGAUCAAGCUCAUUGUGUUAACAAUAUUCCAACAACCCCACAAAGUCAAAGUAAUAUUCAGCUUCAACUUAGUACUACUACUACCUCAGCAGCCCAAAAUCUAAAACCAUCAGUUCAUCAGCAAAAACCAGCUGACUACAGCAGUUCUACUCCUCCUUUAGGCAGUAUACAUGAUCAUGAUCGUGCUCCUGAUCGCGCUAUGCCUGGAUGGAUUUACGGGUUGAUCGAUUCCCAGCUGAAAUAUUCAAAUGCAGCUUCAUCAUCAAAACCCAGCACUAGUAAUAUUCCACCACCACCACCAUCACCAUCAUCAGUAGUACCAGAUCAUCUAGAGCUGACGCUCGCUGCGCCGGUUGUUAGGCCUUUGGAUUUGGAUCAAAAUAGAUCGUCGUCGUCGUCAUCCCCGACAUCUGGUCCUCUCCUCAAUAUUGGACCUAUUAGUGUUACUUGAUCCUAGAAUUAUUAGAGUAAUCAUGAAGAUCAUUUUUGACGUACGUUACCCCAAGAAUCCUAGCUAGCUCUAGCUGAAGAGGAUCAAGGAACAUGUUAUUAAUUCAUCGGGCUCUUUUACUUAUAAUAUAAAGUUAGUACGUUCUUAGUUUUUUUUUUUUUCUUCUUUAUCCAUCUUAUUUCUCUUGAAUAAACGGAUCAUGUAUCCAUGACAUCAUUAUGGUAGUAGUAAUUAACUGGUUAGCUCUCUAUAUUAAUUUAUGGUGCUUGGGCUAACCAUGUAUUAGUUUUGUUAAUUAAAUGUUACAAUAAUUGGCGACCUCUA